ACCAUCCAACAAUCAACAUAGAUUUUCGCGUUUCACCACCAAUCGUAAUUUCCAACCUCUUUCCCGAUCCUGCACGCGUAGUUGAAGCCUGUGUUUUUCAGCAAGAUUUCUUCAAUUUUAUCCAAUAGUUCUCCAAAAUGACCUGUAAGCGGAGGAAUGCUGGACGGUCCAAACAUGGACGUGGUCAUGUCAAACCUGUUCGUUGCACUAACUGUGCCAGAUGUGUACCAAAAGACAAAGCUAUCAAGAAAUUCGUCAUUCGUAACAUCGUAGAGGCUGCAGCUGUCCGUGAUAUCACUGAAGCUAGUGUUUACCAGUCCUACCAACUCCCCAAAUUGUACGCCAAGCUCCACUACUGUGUAUCAUGCGCCAUUCACUCAAAAGUAGUCCGAAACAGGAGUAAAGCCACCAGACGUAUCAGGACACCACCACAACGUGCUUUCAACAGGAGUGAUGCCAACAGGCAAGGAGGUCCCCAAGUCAGGAAGUAAUUUGGCUUCAUUCAGAAGAAAACUUUGACGACCGCAAAAUGAAAUUGUAUCAUUAAGUUAACUAAGUCUAUGUUUUAUUAUUCUUGAAUAAAGUUUCUUUUAUACAAGCCA